GGAAAUUCAAGAAUUACAGAUACAACUACAAACAUAUAUGUAUGUGAUCCAAGGAAAUUUGCAAAUUUUAUGUACAUAAUUUUCGUUAAAAUUUUUCAGCUUGUUGGAGGUAUUGCACUAACUGUUGGUGUAUGGCUAAGAACUGAUUCUCGUUUCAGAGAUUUCUUAUCUGAGCGAUAUCGAAACGUUGUGGAGGAAGCUUUCUGGCAGGCACCAACACUAUAUAUAUUUUCAUAUGUGCUAAUCAUACUUGGUGGUUCAAUUACUGUUAUUAGUAUGUUAGGUUGUUGUGGUUUAGUAACUCAGUCGACUCUUCUUUUAGUAAUUUAUUCGAUUAUUAUUGCUGCAGUUAUGAUCGCUACACUGUUUGCUGGCAUUUAUCUUCUUUUCAAAAAGGAUGGGAUUGAUGUCGAAAUUUCUGAUGCACUUAAUUAUAUGGUCCAGCAUUAUUAUCAAGGACCUGGAAUAAUUCAAGAAAGUCUCGAUCGCUUGCAGCAAACUUUUCGUUGUUGUGGAAACGCCGGAUGUGGUGAUUUUGAAGUCUUUCGUCAAGAUCCUCCUCGAUCAUGUGAUAUUCGCUGUGAUGGUUGUCAUUAUCGAAUCAUGACUGCCCUAAGAAUAGGAUUUUCAGUUGCUGCUGUUAUUUUCUUCGUGGUUAUCAUUGCUCAAUCACGAUCGUAUUAUCUCUGGUUACAGAAGAAAAUUAUUCACGGGAAAAAAUGGCUGGUUAUGAAAUGA